AGCCCAGAGCCCUGGCAGGCUCGAGGCAGCUCGCCGAGCAGCUCCUUUGCCGCCCGCGGCGUGGUGCGCGCCCAGAGCCGCGCGGCGCGCCGCGGCGGGCGGCCGCGGCGGCCCCGCGCAUGUCGGAGGGCGAUGGCGCUGGGAGCACGGGCUUGAGGGACGAUGUGGCGAAGCCGUCCGAAAACUUCGGCUGGUAUAUGUACGACUUCGCCAAUUCCCCCUACUACCAGGUGUACGUGGGUCUUAUCCUGCCGUCGCUGCUGAAGUGGCUGGCCGAGGCAGCUGCUCUCCAGCACAGCAAGGACACUGGUCUUCCGCUGGACGUGGACUCGGAGUACAUGGAGAUGCCCGUGCUUGGGAUCUCCGCCGGCAGCUUCCCGCUGGUCGUGAACGUGGUCACCUGCUUCUUCCAGGUGGUGUGCUUCCUCACCUUCGCGUCAUACGCAGACUACGGGUCAUCUCGGAAGAGCUACCUGGUCGCUCUGACGUGGGCGGGCGGGGUCACCCUCUUCAUGAGCAUUUUCUGCCUGUCCGGGUCGCUCUGGUGGUUGGCCGGCCUCGUGCGGAUUGCGUCGGGCAUCUUCUUCGGCCUGAGCCUCGUGUACUACAACGCCUUCCUGCCCUUGCUGGCGGACGCCCAGCCCGAGGUGGUGGAAAGCCGCAGCGGCGGGAUCCCAGCGGAGAUCCAGGACGCGAAGUCGGAGGCCCUGGACAGGCUCUCCGGCAGGGGCAUGAUGGUCGGGU